AUGGCACUCGAUCUGUAUACCGUCGGUCGCAAUGUGCUGGCCCUCGGCGGGGCCUGGCUGGUUUACCACCUCCUCAAGGCGCUGUAUAACAUCUCCCCGCUCCACCCCCUGAGCCGGAUUCCCGGGCCCAAGCUGGCCGGGGCGACCUACCUGCCGGAAUUCUAUUACGAUGUCAUCUUGGGCGGGCGGUAUACCCACGCCAUCAAGGAGAUGCACGAGCAGUACGGCCCUAUCGUCCGCAUCAACCCCAAUGAGACACAUUGCAACGAUAUCACUUUCUCGGAUGAGAUCUAUGCUCUGGGUGGUCGCAAGCGUGACAAGCCAUGGCACCAGAUUAAUGGAUCAGCGGCGCAUAACACCAACGGGUUCACCACUCAUGACCACGAUCUGCACAGGUCUCGUCGGGUGCCCGUGGCCAAGUUCUUCUCCCACAGCAUGAUUGCGCAGCUGGAGGACGAGAUCCACGAUCUGGUCCGCAAGCUCUGUGACAAGCUGCUUGCCGAGUCCGGCAAGGGCCAACCAGUUGACGUGGCCAUGGCGUAUAGUUGCUUCACCUCAGACGCUAUCUUCAAGUACUGCUUUGGCGAGUCUCGUGGGCUGCUGGCGCAGAAGGGCUGGACCCCUAACUUCCGGCAGGCGACCCUGGCCAUUCUCAAGCCCGUGUUCGUCUUCAGAUUCUUUCCCAUCCUCCUGAACUUGGCCAAGCUGGGAGAGAUAUUCGUGGACUACCUGCCCGAAGACACCUCGCUUUUGAUUCGGGCUCUGCAGAUCGAUAUCCCUGGCCUUGUGCACAAGACGAAGGCCGACCUAGACGCUGGCAUUCACUACGACCGUCCGACAGUCUUUGGAUCUCUGUUGCAGUCUGAUCUGUCCGAGGAGGAGAAGAAACCCGAAAGGCUUGCAGACGAAGCCGUCGCCGUAGUGGGAGCUGGAACCGAGACAACCAGUUGGGCUCUUGCUGUUAUCACCUACAACCUUCUCGCGAAGCCCGAGCUUCUAGCCAAGCUGAAGAAGGAACUGGAAAGAGCCGUCGACGACGCGACGAAAUUGCCGCCGUGGACCGUGCUCGAGAAGCUGCCCUACCUCGGUGCCGUAGUUCAGGAAGGACUGCGCCUGUCGUACGGUGUCUCUGCGCGAUCGGCCCGUGAGCCCAGCGGUGAGGACCUCGUCUACCGCGGCGAGUUCAAUAAGAAGCCGGUCGAGCUGGUGCUGCCCCGCGGCUACGCAAUCGGCAUGUCGGCGGCUCUCAUGCACCACGACGAGAGCAUCUUCCAAGAUUCGUACGUCUUCAGCCCCGAGCGCUGGCUCGAUGAGAACAACCAGCGCCGAAAGGAGCUUGAAAAGGGCCUGCUGGCCUUCUCAAAAGGCAGCAGAGCAUGUCUCGGAAAGAACCUUGCCUUGUGUGAGUUGUAUCUUGUUCUGACAGCUCUGGUCCUGCGGGUGAUGCCUCGUAUGAAGCUGUACGAGACGACUGAGAAGGAUGUCACAUACGAUCACGAUAUGUUUGUGCCAGUCACGGUGUCGGGCAGUAAGGGUGUGCGUGUGCUCAUCGACUAG